AAACCCUUUCAACUGCAACCAAAACCCCUUAUAAACCCUAAAACCUAAUUCUCUGUGUCCAUUUCUUGAAUCAGAUUGUCAGAAGGAAGAAAGGAAGACAAGAAAUGGAUCACAUAGAAGCAGUUGAGCAGCAAAUGGUUUCAGAAAGAAUGAGGAGGAAACUUAAUGAAGUAAACACAGCAGCUCAAGCUCAACUUGCUCCUGUCCAAGACCACAUCAAUUUCACCCUUCAGAAAGCGUAUUUCAAGUGUGCAUAUGAAUGCUUUGAUAGAUCAAGGAAACAAGAGGAGAUAAGCAAUUGUGUAGAACAUUGCAGUGUCCCUGUUGUCAAUGCUCAACAUCAUUUCGAGAACGAAAUGGCCAAGUUUCAAGAAAGGCUAAACCGAUCCUUGAUGGUCUGCCAAGAUAAGUUUGAAUCAGCUAAACUUCAACAAAAUAAAACUGAUGCAGUCAAUGAGUUGGAGUCGUGUGUCGACCAGUCGAUCGAGGAUAACAUGAAGACACUGCCACACCUUGUCCGGAGAAUGAAGUCUUCUUUCAACAUCAGUGCUUGAGUCCAGAUGAGUACUAGAAUUGUGGUUGUGACCCAUUUCUGUUUACUUAAAAGAUUUUUAACUCAAAGCUUGAGAUUAUAUGUUAGGCAUCUGCCAAACAAUGCCCUGAAACUGUGAUAGUUUAUUCUUAGCAGUUGAUUCUGCUUGAAUUUGAGAAA